AAGCAGCUCACAAGAUUUUGAGACGCAGCCAUGCUAUUGCGCAACAGUCAGAGCACCCGAAGAGCGGCCGGCAGUGACGUCGCAGACGCCGCCAUAUUGAAAUGUUUCCCCUCUCCUCUUAUUCACUGAGCUCAAGAGCAGCCAUCAGCUCUCGCUUUCCAACUGGAGACAGGGACAACAACACAGACAUGGAGAUUGACACUCUUCUGGAAGCUCUUAAAGAUUUCGACAAGAAGGUGAAGAAAGAGUCGUCUCCGGUGUUGGAUCAGUUUUUGUGCCAUAUUGCGAAAACUGGGGAAACCUUGGUUUCAUGGUGUCAGUUCAAAAGCUACUUCAUCUUCAAACUGGAGAAAGUAAUGGAGGAUUUCCAAGCAUCGGCCCCGGAGCAGAGAGGGCCUGCUAACCCCAAUGUAGAAUCGGUUCCUUUUGAAGAAAUGAAGGAGAGAAUUCUUAAGAUAGUGAAUGAAUACAAUGGGAUCCCAUUCACUAUCCAGCGCUUGUGCGAGCUGCUCACUGAACCUAAGAGGAACUACACAGGGACAGAGAAAUUUCUCAGAGGGGUAGAGAAGAAUGUGAUGGUGGUCAGUUGCAUUUAUCCUACAUCUGAGAAGAAUGGCUGCAGCGGUGUCAACAGAAUGAAUGGAGUCAUGUUGUCAGGGAACACAUCUGCCUUUACAGAAAGGAAAGUAAAUGGUCCAGGAACGCCCAGACCAUUAAACAGACAGAAACACUCCAUGUCCAGUUCACUGGCCACAAAUGGCCUUCCAGACAGUACAGAAAACAAAGAAACAAACACAGCACAAGGACACAGCAAAUCGGCCGGUGAUGCAUCUGUAUCAGGCAUUGAUUGGCCUCUUGGCAGCUCUGUAAAGAACAAACACUUAGAUGAUGAGGAAGAUGAGGGAAUGGAGGCAGAGGAACAUGAAGUAAAGAGGCUGAAAUUCAACCAGGAUGGCAAUGAUGAAGAAGAGGAUGAAGAUGAAGUAGACCAGCAGGUAUCAACUAAUAGCUCCUCGGAUAAGUCAGAGGAUGCCGAAUCACCGUCAUCCAUGUUGCAGGAGGGAAGUGAGGAAGAGGAGGAAAGUAAACCUCAUGGAUCAGCUGGAGGCUCUGAGGACCAAGAGCCUUCCAGCACACAGCCUGAGUGUCCUGUGGCAGAUUCCAGAGAGGCUUUUACUGAAAGAGAGGUUCCUUGUGGCUCUGAUGACUCCUUAGAAGAGCCCAGCGAUAUGGACCAAUCAGAGCAGAGAGCCCCAGCGGGCGUGGCCUCUAGCCCUGAGGUGAGAGAAGGGGAGGAGCCAAGCGAGCAGGUCAGCAGCAGUAGCACGGAUGAAAAUGCCUCUGGACCCACAUCCAGCAGCAGUAGCGUAGACUCACCCACAGAGGGCGACUCUGGGUCAGGGGCCCUGGACUCGGAGAGCGCAGAGGAGGAGCCAAUGGAGCAGGACUAGACGCCUGCAGACUCAACAAUAACUGAAUGCUUUUGUGGAGAUUAAGCAGACACACACUUAAGUUGCCUUCCACAAAGGCCACCAGAAGCAACAUCCAACUUACCGCCAUGCGCCUUUUGGUCGAGAGUCCAUUCCACCUAACUUCUCCAACUUUCCCAAACAGACAUUUUAUGCAGAUGAAUAGGAUUUUAUUGCUGAAGUGAAGGUUUUAAACUGUCUUUUACGUUUUUUGAUGUGUAGUAAUCACACUGUCAACUGACAUCACUAAAAGCUAGUUAAAGAAAUAUACAUGAUUAAAUACAAGUUAAACACUACACAGCUGUAGCAUACCUUUGGUUACUACAGGAAAUGAUUCCAACUCAGAAAAAGCAAAAGUGGAAGUUGCUUGCUCAGACUUUUAUAAUAAAUGUAUUUCAAAGCAGAUAUAUGUUGUCAUAAUUUACAGCAUGGCUGUUGUUGUUAAAGCUUAACUUGUAUUUAACCAUGAAUAUUUAUUUUAAUAUUUAAGUCUUGGUUCAUGAGUUUAAUUUGUAUCCAGUCUUGUUCGAAGCUUUAGGUCGGCUAGGACAUGUCUCCUCUGCAUUGGUGUAUUAAUAUUUUAGUCACCUAGUGUCAAGCAUUGGGGCAGUGGAGUUUAUCGUCUUGUUCUCUCUGAAGACCCAUAACUGGCUACUGUUCAGGUUACGUUCCAAGCAAAUACAAGCCAUAGCUAUCUUUGUUCUGUUAAAUGAUUCAAGCCUAGCGUAACAUCGUUUCUUUCUGGUCGUUUGUGUGUAACUGACGGGAUGUAAAAUCUCUUUUCUCACUUUUGUAUUCUUGUGCGGUCUGCGCUGCAUUGAAAGUGAGUGGUUUAUAUCAGGUACAUUUACCUCUUAAUUCAAACUGAUUUCAUGAUUCACGUUAAUUUAUACCAGCAGAGAAGUUGUUUUGGUUUUUGUUGUUUUGGCAGGUGGUUGUUGACUGCUCCAACUAGCUCAAUUAGUGUCAUUUGUGUCAGUCCAACCCCAAGUUGUCUCACCGAUAACAGCUGGCUGCCGUUUUGCAGCUGUGUGUUUUUGAUAUUUAGAAUUU